CCCUGUCUGUCUCGACUCUCUACCCAAAGCCUCUACAAGAAGCUCAGAGUCUCAGACAGACCCACAGAGAAACGACGUCGUUUUGUUCCAAUUCCCACCUGCGAUCGGAUUCCGGAGAGCUUACCUGCUUGAUUUGGAACCCCAUAGAUCAAGAUUAUGGUGUUGAAUUUAUUGGUUUUGUAAAAAAACCGCAUGCCGGUUGGCAAAAAUGUCCCUUCUAAGUAGGUUCUUUUACAGAAGACCCCCAGAUGGCCUACUUGAAUUUGUUGAAAGAGUAUAUGUCUUUGAUUCGUGCUUUUCCACCGAAGUCUUGCCUGAUGGGAUGUACCAAAUAUAUAUACAUGAAAUCAUAACUGAGUUACACGAGGAAUUUCCAGAUUCCUCCUUUCUUGCUUUCAAUUUCCGCGAGGGUGAGAAACAGAGCCAGUUUGCUGAAAUUUUAUGCGAGUAUGAUGUUACCAUCAUGGACUAUCCACGACAGUAUGAGGGCUGCCCUCUCCUUCCAUUAUCUUUGAUCCAACAUUUUCUUCGUGUUUGUGAGAGUUGGCUUUCACUUGGGAAUCAACAGAAUAUUAUUCUUCUCCAUUGUGAGAGGGGGGGUUGGCCACUCUUGGCAUUCCUUUUAGCUAGUUUUUUGAUCUUCCAAAAACUGCACAGUGGAGAACGCAGGACCCUAGAAAUAGUGCAUCGAGAGGCUCCUAAAGGUUUCUUGCAGCUCUUGUCGCCUUUAAAUCCAUUCCCAUCUCAGCUUCGUUACCUUCAAUAUGUAGCAAGAAGAAACAUAGCUCCCGAGUGGCCACCUCCUGAGCGUUCACUUUCUUUAGAUUGUAUUAUUCUUCGAGCCAUUCCCAGUUUUGAUUCUCAGAAUGGGUGCAGGCCAAUUAUCCGUAUCUUUGGUAGGAAUCUCCUUAGUAAGGGUGGGCUUUCGACUGAGAUGCUGUUCUCCAUGACUAAUAAGAAGAAGAAGAAGACCCUUCGGCAUUACUGCCAGGCAGACUGUGAUGUGAUUAAGAUUGACAUUCAGUGCUUGGUGCAAGGAGAUGUUGUUUUGGAGUGUGUCCAUUUUGACUUGGAUCCUGAAAAGGAAGUUAUGAUGUUUCGUAUAAUGUUUAACACAGCAUUUAUUCGAUCAAACAUACUGAUUCUUAAUUCUGAGAACUUAGACAUUCUUUGGGAUUCGAAGGAGCGGUAUCCAAAAGGUUUCAGAGCAGAGGUUUUGUUUGGGGAGGUUGAAAGCAUCUCUCCUCCGAAAGCCCCGACCACUAUUUUAAAUGGCGAGGAGAAGGGUGGAUUGCCCAUUGAAGCUUUUUCUAGGGUUCAAGAACUUUUCAGUGGUGUGGAGUGGGUUGACAGCAGUGAUGAUGCUGCCUUGUGGUUUCUUAAACAACUUUCUGUUUUAGGUGAUGUGAAAGAACUUUCAAUGUUGCAAAGUAAAGCAAGUUUAUUUUCAUCACCUGCUGAUUCUGAAGAAGACAAUAAUGCAUCUAGCACUGCUGAUAGUUCAGAUGAAGCAUUUGAUACCAUUCCCAAGUCAUCAACAAUUCCAACCAAAUUUCCAAUACAAGAUACCGUUGAUCCACCCUUUCCUUUUGAAAGUUAUGGUCCACAUGAUGUAAAUAUUGGUUCAGAAUCUUCUGAUCUAGCAGCAGUAGAAAAUGAUCCGUCACCUCUUCAUGAACAACUACCUAUUCCAAGUCAAGGAUCUCCACCUUGUUCAUCCCCUUCUGCAAUGGCUCAACCUCCACCUCCUCCUGCAAGUAAUCUACCAAAUCCUCCACCUCCACUCAGAACUUCUAGCAUUAAUGUUUUAUCCAUGUCCCAUCUACCACCACCACCUCCACCUCCACCUCCACCUCCCUCUCUUAACUCUAGUAUUGCGCCUUCCCCUCCACCCCCACCACCCCCACCACCUCGUUCCUAUAGUGUCGAUAGAGAUUCUCAAAUAUGUACCCCUCCCACCUCCAUCAAGGCCUACCCACCAUCCCCGCCACCACUGCCUCCACCUCCUAAUAUCUCAGGUAAAUAUCCUUCUAUGGCACCUCCUCCUCCAACCCCACCGCCACCCCCUAUCAAUUUUUCUAAAGCUGCCCCACCAGCCCCCUAUAUAUCUAGUCAACAAUCUUUAGAUUUAGCUCAGCCACCUCCGCCACCACCGCCUCCACCACCCUUGUCAUUGGGAAGUAAAAAUAACAAGUUUCAACCACCUCCACCGCCGCCACCACCGCCGGCAAAACUGCCCCUAUCGACUUCAGCACCUACUGCUGCAUCUAUUCACAAGUCACCGCCUCCACCACCUCCACCUCCACCUCCGCCUCCAAUAGGAGGUAGCCCUAGUAAUGUUUCUCGGCCACCACCACCUCCACCUCCACCUCCACCUCCAAUAGGUGGUAGCCUUGGCAAUGUAUCUCGGCCACCACCACCUCCACCUCCACCUCCAAUAGGUGGUAGCCUUGGUAGUGUAUCUCGGCCACCACCACCUCCACCUCCACAUCCAACAGGUGGGAAUCCUAGUAAUGUCCCUCGGCCACCUCCACCACCACCUUCAAGGCCUGCACAACCAGGUUCAAUCCUGCCACCUCCACCACCAUUACCAAAGCCUCUUGGUGCUCGUACUCCACUGCCAAGUCAUGGCUCAACACCUGCUCCGCCUCCACCACCUGGAGCAAAGGGCUCUAAUGCACCAUUGCCGCCACCUCCAUCCAUUGGUAGGGGGAAGACUUCUUCAGGGACAUCCAAUCUUGGAAAAGGUCGAGGUGCUGGUGGGGUUACUCUUGCCCCUAAGAAAACUUCACUAAAGCCACUACAUUGGGUAAAAGUUACUCGUGCGAUACAAGGGAGUUUAUGGGCUGAUUCCCAAAAGCAGGAAAACCAGUCAAGGGCCCCAGAGAUAGAUAUAUCAGAGCUGGAGAGUCUGUUUUCGGCGGCCUCUGCGACAGAUGGGAGUGGCACUAAAGGUGGAGGUCGACGUGGUUCUAACAUGAACAAACCUGAGAAAGUGCAACUGGUUGACUUGCGCAGAGCAUAUAAUUGUGAAAUAAUGCUCUCAAAAAUAAAAAUUCCUUUGCCAGAUAUGAUUAAAGCAGUUCUGGCUUUGGAUUCUGCCGUUCUAGACAUUGAUCAGGUUGAAAAUCUAAUUAAAUUCUGUCCCACGAAAGAAGAAAUGGAAACACUUAAGAAUUAUACAGGUGACAAGGAAAUGCUUGGAAAGUGUGAACAGUUUUUCCUGGAGCUGAUGAAGGUUCCACGAGUAGAAUCCAAGUUACGAGUAUUUGCUUUUAAAAUCACAUUUUCUAGUCAGGUCAAUGAUUUAAGGAAGAAUUUGAAUACAAUUAAUAAUGCUGCUAGAGAGGUGAAAGAAUCUGUUAAAUUGCGCCAAAUAAUGCAGACAAUUCUUACUUUGGGAAAUGCCUUGAAUCAGGGCACUGCACGAGGAUCUGCUAUAGGAUUCAAAUUGGACAGCCUUCUUAAGUUAGCUGAUACCCGUGCAAGAAACAACAAAAUGACUUUAAUGCAUUAUUUGUGCAAGCUACUCUCCGAGAAGAUGCCAGAGUUGCUGGAUUUUGAUAAGGAUCUUGUUCAUUUAGAAGCCGCCUCAAAGAUUCAAUUGAAAGCUUUGGCUGAAGAAAUGCAAGCUGUCAGUAAAGGGCUUGAAAAAGUUGAACAAGAACUCGCUGCUUCAGAAAAUGAUGGGGCUAUCUCUGCAGGCUUCCAAAAGGUGCUGAAGAAUUUUCUCGAUACUGCAGAAGCUGAAGUUAGGUCACUUAUCUCCCUGUAUUCUGAAGUGGGAAGAAGUGCUGAUUCAUUGUCCCAGUACUUUGGAGAGGAUCCAGCUCGGUGCCCUUUUGAGCAAGUGACACAAAUCUUGGCCAUCUUUGUCAAGACGUUCAACAAGUCACGAGAAGAGAAUGAAAGGCAGGCUGAUGCUGAAAAGAAAAAAUUGGAAAAGGAAGCCAUGAAGGAACGGACAACGACUAAUUUAUCCGCAAGGAAAGAUGGAGUUCAUUAGAGUGGCAUGAAACUUGCAUAUGCUCUUAAGAAGAUGGAAGAGACGGGUUGACAAUUAAUAAUUUUGGGCUGACAAUUAAUCUGACGAAGGUUGACUCUUGCUUGCAUGCAUGCAUGCAUGCUGCACCAAUCCAAGAACAGAGUUCCGAGCUUUCAUUAUCUGGAAAAUCACUUGAGCGGUUGCACAAAAUUGAGUAAUUUGAGGGCAAGUGAACAUCUUACUCUUAUCUCCAGUGCAGCCUCUCCCUUUCAUGCAAGUCGGUGAUGCGUGUAUCAUAUUUCCUGUUCAAAAUUGUAUCAUCCCAUAGAUGUAACAAGAUGUAUGUAUUAUUAAAGUGUUGUCAGACCGCAUGCUUGAAAUGUACAAAACUUCUUCCAUGACACUAAACUGCCAAUGGUCGUGGUUAGAAACAUUAUGUAUGUUUUUCCAACCAUAAAGAGUUAGGAAAAUAUUAGUA